AUGAAUUCUGCUGUCUACCAAAACAUCCCAAAGGAGAAUAUUCGGUCAUCUGUUCAUGACCUCAAACUGAAGCGCACGUCAGUUCUGCAGCAGGACAAUGACCACACCAGCAAGUUCAUGGGCAUAAACCCUCCUAAGUCGCUGAAUUGCAACCAUUUUGCAAAGAUAAGCCUGUUAAGACUUAUCACUAAACUUGGACUGGAAAACUUUUAUCCCAACAAGCUGACUCUGCAACUUCUAUUAGAAAUCAACAAAAGCAACACAUAUGAUCAUCCUGUUCAAUCAGUGAAAGAUAUACCAUGGUGCUUCUUUAGAAGAUUGUUUACAAUCAAUGCAGAGUGCAGGGACUGUACACAGGAACCAAAUAAUAACCUCGAGGAGGAUCUGUCUGAUGAUCAGUAUGACUUUGACUUUUGCAGAAUGGAUGACUCUGACGAUAGGUUUAACCCAGUUGACAUCAUAGUAGCACUUUUCGCAUGUGCUGACAGCUUCUUGCAACAGCAAAUGACCCUAAAGAUGUCAAUGUGCCAGUUUUCUGUCCCACUGUUGAUGCCACAUAGCAAUAACAGUCAGUGUAGCCUGAUGCUUUGGGCUCUGAGAGACAUUGUCAAAGAAUGGCGUCCACAUGAUUCAUGUCAAUCAAAAAACUUUGUUGAAGACAACAUUGUUCAAGCAGAUAUGCCACUCUAUUCAUUUGUGAGGCUGAAAAACUGCAGCCUAUCCAAGUCACAGCUUUUGAAUAUGAUUCUCAGCCGGGGUCAACAGAAUCACAAUUACUUCAUUCACAGAGAAAUGGAAGGAGGAGCACUUGAAAAGAAAAUUGCCAAUGGACUGGUUGAGGUUUGUUGGUACCUGCCCAGUGGAAGAGAAAAUCUUGACAUUUUUCCAGAGCCAGCUGCUUUCGCUAAUUUGCGAGGAGACAUUUGUGAGUCGCUCACACAAUUCAAUUUUCUUUACCAAGUAUCAACUGCUGUCUUUGUGUUCCUGGACAAAGUUGAAGAAAAUGAGCAGAAGAUUUUGCUUUCUCUACCAGAUGUGAAAACAAAACUGUUCUUGGUAGUUCCUGUCAAAGACAAGAAUGCAAAAGAAGACAUAUUGUCUGUCAAGGCAAUACGAGUAAAAUUGGAUUUACCAAAAUCCAGCAUCAAAAUUAAAGACUCAAAAAUGAACCUUGUUGAGUUUUCAAUAAAACUGCGUGCAGCUAUUAAGACCUCAAAUGUCACCAGAAUGAAAAUUAUCAACAUGUUUGACAAAGCUGUCGAACUUGGUUUGUCUGUGGAUGAGUGCAGGAGUGAAUACCAAAAAAAGGCAGCUGAAGAAAUUGUGCGGGACAUUGAAGUGCAAGAUAUAUCCGAUUACAAGAAACAACAACUUCCUCUGCAGGGAGAUAACUGGAAGAAGUUGUCACAGUUGGAAAAGAAACAGUGUAGAUUAAAAGAUUUUGGUGACUCAGGACCGGAAGACUACAAAUGUCAGCUCCAGCAAAAAGUGAAGCAAAUUAAGAAGGAGCAAAGUACCUACAAAUUGUCCAAAGGAAUGAGAACUUUCAUUGCUAACUUAUCUACGAACAACAAGGAAAAACAAAACUAUUUCCUUAAAUGGAUGAAACUGAAGCUUGAUACACAAUCACGGGAAAAACUCUCCGCAUUGAGAAAGAAAUUCAAAGAAGCGUGUAAGAAGAAAGACUGCAAAAUCAUUGCAGAGCUGGAUCAAGCUUUGCUGGAGAGCUCUUUAGGAAUAGAGCAUUACAUGAGAGAGAUGGGGCUGAUCUAUGAGUUUUAUUUGCACUCACAAAAAACUACUGGUGAAAUAGCUGCUCUGCCAAGUGUUGUAGCUAAAAUGCUGCUUGAUGGAUAUCCUUUAGAACUCUUGGAUGGAGAUGCUUCUAAUAUUCCAGAGAGAUGGGUGGCAGAUGUGCUGAUGGAGCUUCAUAGGAAGGUUGGAGAGAAGAGCAGACUGUUGGUAGUGUCUGUGUUGGGUGUUCAAAGUACAGGAAAAUCAACACUCCUCAACACCAUGUUUGGUGUGCAGUUUCCUGUCAGCAGUGGCAGAUGCACAAGAGGGGCUUAUAUGGUCUUCCUCAAAGUUGGUGAAGAUUUAAAAACUGAGUUGAAAUAUGACUUCAUAGUUCUCAUUGAUACAGAAGGUCUAAAAUCUUCUGACAUGGAACAACUAGAGGACAGUUAUGAGCACGACAACGAGCUGGCAACCUUUGUCAUUGGUCUAAGUGAUGUAACCAUUAUCAACAUUGCAAUGGAGAACUCCACUGAAAUGAAAGAUGUCCUACAAAUCACAGUGCAUGCAUUUUUGAGGAUGAGGCAAAUUGGUAAAAAGUCAGUUUGUCAUUUUGUACACCAAAAUGUUGCUGGUGUUUCAGCUCAUUCCAAGUGCAUGAAAGAGAAGAAACAUUUCUUGGACCAGCUAAACGAAAUGACCAAAAUUGCAGCUAAAAUGGAAAAGCAACCUUCUAUUGAAGCAUUCACUGAUGUGCUGGACUAUGACAUUGAAAAAAACCACUGGAACAUCCCUGGACUCUGGCAUGGAACCCCACCAAUGGCACCAGUGAACACAGGUUACAGUGAAGCUGUAGCAGAUUUUAAGAAAAAUCUUUUGGAAAUAAUGAAAGAUGACAGAGACAGAGAAGCCACACAGAUCCCAGAUUUUCUUGAAUGGAUGAAAAGUCUGUGGAGAGCAGUCAAAUAUGAAAACUUUAUCUUUAGUUUCAGAAACACUCUUGUGGCUCAUGCUUAUGACAACCUUUGCAACGAGUUUAGUCAAUGGGAGUGGGAGUUUAGAAAACACAUUUUCUCCUGGCAGACAGAAGCAGAGCUAGAAAUCUUAAAUACUGACAAUGAAUCUGAAGUUAAAACUUGGGAAAAAGUGGUUCAUUCCAAAAAAUCCCAACUGUCCGACAAAAAAGAAGAACAAAAACAGCUAAUGAUGGAGAAACUGAUUGACUAUUAUGCAAGGAAAGACAGACACACAAAUCUGAUAGAGAAAUACAAGGAAGAUUUUUCUAGAAGUAUUAUUGGCCUUGCCAAAGAAAUCGAACAGUCUGUACGCACUAAACUCGAAUGUACCCUUGAGCUAAAAAUCAGCAAAAAGAAGGCUCAAGAUAUACAGAGAAAUUACAGAGAUGUGAUUGAAGAGCAGGUCAUGCGGCUCUUGGGUAACUGGAAAAAAUCAGCUCUGUCAGAUAAACAGCUGAUAGAUGAGUUUGAAAAGAUGUGGACAGAAGCAACAAUAAAUGUGUGUGGUCUGAAAGAGCAAGAUAUUGCAGGAUCAGUCCUGAUGCAGUUAAAAAAAAAUUUCUCAAACCGGAACGUUAACAAGGAUUUACAGGUUGACUUAAAAGAAUAUGGAAAAAAGCCAUUUAAAGUUAUACGUGUCCAUUUUGAUUCCUGGAUCAAAGGGGUAAUACACUGGAUUCUAGGUGAUUGUCAGAGCUUUGCAGACAGUGCAAUUGAAUCUUGGACACAGUUUGUACUUGAUAUAGUGAAGACAAAUGGAGAUUACCAUGAGAUUUUUACAAGGGAUCUUCUAGAGAAAAUCGAUAGUUUCGUUGAACACAGUUACAAACAUCACAAAACAAAUAUGCAGUUUGAGAUUGACCUGAAACUUCACAUUUGUAGCUUUGCCACAAGGCAGUUCCUGGAAAUGCACAAAAAGUUUUUGUACAAGAACAAUCCUAAAAGUCAGCUGGAGAAGUUCAAGAAUCAGUACAUGUCAGACUUUCUCGAUUUGUACAAAGAGAGAGAUCACUGUCAACGAAAAGCAAAUGAUUUUGCCAGAGUUUGCAUCAAACCUGCAGUGGAAGACUAUGUAAACAGAUCACUGGGAGUAGAUAUUGUAGAUGAGAUUUUGACCAGCUGUCAUUCAACAGAGUACAGUUCCCGCUCUUAUUUCCAGUACAAAAUUCAGAGAGAAUUACUUCAAAAAGAAGACUUUAAUAGUUUUGUGAGGUACACCAGUAACUAUGAAAUGUAUGUUAAGAACUGGACAUUUGAGGACAUCAAGCAAAAAAUGUCAGAGGAUGAAACUUUGUCCAAACUGAAAAACAAGAUCCUGCAGGUCAUAUUUACAAAAAUAACAGAAGCAUUAAAUAAGGCAUCAAAAACAAAGGAUGGCACUCACCUUGAAGAUAACAAGGAAAGCAUCACAGAGUUCAUCAACAACAUGCACAAAUAUCUAAUUAAGGACAUCUCAUUUUCAGAGGAGGAUGAAAAAGCCAUCCUGUUUCAAAUCCAAAGCACAUGCCAUCCAUUUAUCAAAAGUCUCAAGACCUCAAUAGAAGACUUAAAAGCAGAACUUCAGGAGGAAUUCUCAAAAUCCAAAGAUAUUGCUGCUGAUUUGGAAAAACUUCCAAUCAGACCACAUGAUGAGCUUUUCAAGCGGGUGUUUGGUUGUGGACAACAGUGUCCAUUUUGUAAAGUGCCCUGUGAGGCUGGAGGGAAAGAACACAAUGAGCAUCAUGCAGCUGUGCAUCGACCACAAGGUCUUGGCAGAUAUAGAAACCAUCGCACAAAGAAGCUGGUUGAAGUACUAUGUACAACUGAUGUGUACAGUGAAACUACAUUUUCUAACGCACUAACUAAGUAUGAAUGGCAUCCUUACAAAGACUACAAAACAUAUUAUCCAGACUGGCACAUUCCAGCAGACCCUUCCAUAGAAGCAUCGGACUAUUGGAAGUAUGUUUUAGUGAAAUACAAUGAACAAUUUGCUGAAAAAUAUGACACCAAGCCAGCUGAUGUUCCACAGGCCUGGAGAAGCAUUACAAAGGAGCAAGCACUGAAAGGCUUAACAGAAGCAUUCAACAUGAAGUGA